AUGCUGGAGCGACAGCAAUGGGGGUUCCUCAAAGAUCAACGGCCCCUGGAUUUUGAAUUUCCGGAAGUAUACCAUCAUUUUGAGACUGGUUCGCGAUAUUUCCUCGUCGUCUCGAGGGUUCCUGGCCAGCUGCUUGAGGAAGCUUGGCCUAACAUGGACGAUACCCUUCGCCAGUAUUACAUCGGCAAGGUAGCAGACAUUUGCAAUCAUUUGGCGGCAUGGAAGGGCGAUAUUAUUAGUGGUGUGGACGGACACCAGCUAUUUGAGCGUUAUCUUGUUAAAGGCGACAGCAAAAUGGCGGAUGCACUGUCCCCACAGCAGCUUCUGCACAAUUGUACCGAGAUGUCUAUGGAUAUCUCUGCAUUUGUCUUCUAUCAUUGUGAUCUUGGCCCUACGAAUCUUCUUGUCGAUACUUCGACGGGCUCGCUGGGCAUCAUUGAUUGGGAGCUUGCUGGCUACGUUCCCAUCGAAUGGGUUAGAACAAAAUUUCGACUCUCAGCAGGAAUGGAUUUCAACCAUGGGGAUGAGGACUCCAAAAGGGACUGGCGCCGCAGAGUUGCCCAGCAUCUGGAAAAGAUGGGCUACCGCGAUGUUGUGGAUGCAUGGUGGGAGUUUCACAGAAGCUAG